AUGGCUGACGAAGAAAUAUUAGGCGAGCAUGAAAAUGAAGAAGAGGUGAUUGAGGAAGCUCCGCCCGAGGAAGUUGAACAAGAGUCCGUGGAAGAAGAAUCCAUACUCACUGAAUAUGAUCCUGAUGAUUUUUUUUCCGGUGCCGUGAAUAGUCUCGACUCUACAAUACCACUUGAUUUAUUUGAAUUUAAACAUUCUUAUGGAUACAAUUGUCAAAAGUACUUCAACCUAUGCGCCUGUGACGAUUCGGUUGUUUGCUGGGCUGCUGGAAGCAUUAUUACAUUCUUAGAUGUUAGCACUAAGCAGCUAUGGUUUCGGAGAAGUACCACAGGAGGUUCCAUUGGUGCUGUUACCUCCUACAGAAAAGACCCAAAUUACCGUUUAGUCAUCGCAGAAUGCAGAGAAGGUAUCAAGGAUCCAAUAAUAUUGUUGUACACAUGGCCUCAGAUGGAUAUAGAUGCUGUUCUACGAGAUGGUACUACGAAUGCUUACGCUGUUUUGGACUUUAGCCCCGAUGGAGAGCUCCUUGCUUCUGUAGGGAAGGAGCCAGAUUACAAUUUGACGAUAUGGAACUGGAAACGACAUAAAAUCCUGCUGCGCACAAGUGCUUUUUCGUUUGAUGUUAAUACGGUUAUGUUUUCACCUUAUUGUCCGGGACAACUUACGACAGCAGGAGCCGCUCAUAUAAAAUGUUGGAAAAUGGCACACACCUUUACAGGGUUAAAACUAAAGGGUGAAUUGGGUAGGUUUGGAAAAACAGAGAUAUGCGACGUGCUUGGUGUUUAUCCAAUGCCUGAUGAAAAAGUUUUAUCUGGAUGUGAGUGGGGAAACAUUUUAGUUUGGGAAGCUGGCCUAGUGAAAUUAGAAGUAACGCAACGUGGAAGGAAGUCCUGUCAUAAAGCUCCAAUCGUUCAAUUUAUGUUAAGUCCGGCUGGCGAUGAGGUCACAACUAUCGCUCGUGAUGGAUAUAUUCGUGCUUGGUACUGGGAUACUGUUGAUCAGGCGGACCCGCCGGAAGAUGACCCGUUCGUCGAACUCAAUCCUGUUGCUGAAACCUAUGUACCGGGAUGCCAAAUAAUGUGUUUAAAACAUCAAAAGGAUAUGUAUUGGUAUGCUCAAGAUGGCAAUGGAGGAAUUUGGACGGCAGAUCUAGAGAUAGAUAAAUUAGAAUGUAAUCAUACGAAGGUUAUGACAUGUCACGCUAGUGGCGUAGUAGCAAUGGCAGCGUUGCGAUUACAUCCCAUACUACUGACUGCGGGUGAAGACGGGGCGUUACAUGCAUAUAACACGCGAACCCAAGCUCUUCUUGCAAGAUAUCAUUUUCAAGCAGCCAUAACUUGUAUGCUCUAUCCUCCAAUAGACGUCGAUGAAACCUCGAGGAUAAUACUGGUAGGUUUUGCAGACGGAAUCAUGAGGACGCUACUUAUUCAUCCGGAGCGACUUCAAGCCCAAUCGACUUUAGUAGAAGUACGAGUACAUUCUGAUCUCACUGUCCACAGCGCGGACUCCGACAAUGCUGACAUCAUUGAUUUGAUAUCGUUAUUAAAGCCACACUCAAAGACUUUAACUCAAAUAACAAUAAAUGAACAGCGUACGUUAUUAGUAACUUGUGGGGAGGAUAGUGCCAUAUUUAUGUACCGCUUGGAGUUAGGGACGCCCUUCACACUUCACAGAUUGGGAUUUAUAAAAACACCUAAUAAUAUGACUUUUAUGACUUGGAAACCGAAUGAGGAACGCGUUCUUCUUCUAUGUGGACAACUCGGUCUCAUCAUAGAAGCUACGUUGCCAGAUUUACCAAUUAAAAAAUAUAACGAAAUAACUACAUUCAAGCAAGAAUUUGUUAAGACCGAAGAAAUAUUAGUUAAAAAAUAUUAUAUGCGUAAUAGACCGUUUCCAACUGAAGAAGAUUUGGCAAGUAUUGAUGAAGAAGCUUUGAAAGCUCAAGAGGAGAGUGAAAAGAAUAAAGACGAGGAAGAAGAAGAAUGGAUUGGAGAAAUACAGUUAGUGGAGAGUGAAAAUACGGGCGGUACUACCAUCACAUGGGCUCAGUAUUGCGAGGAGGGUAUUUGGGUGACACAACAGGGUACAGGCGCGCUGUUGCUUGUGCGGCCCGGUUCGAACAAAAUACUCAAAUACGGUCCUGUCCCUGGCGCCUGGGUGGAUGAUAUCACAACAUUGAAGUUCAUUUGCGAAGAUCGAUAUCUCUUGCUGGGUACAAAUACCGGGUAUAUUCGAGUGGUACGUAUGCCCGUUGAAGAGGAAGACACGCCUGAGUAUCAUUACAUGACGUGGAAGAUGGCUGAGCAAAAACUACUUAAAAAGCUCAAGGGAAGACGAUUGGCAAAAGAAGAAACUCAACCGAUACCUAGGAUAGACUUUAUUGAUAACUACUAUCUUCCAAUGCACGAUCGUUACAUGGGAGCUAUAACCUGCCUGGAGUUCAGUUCUGAUGGAAAAUAUUUGUACACGAGCGGACGUGACGGCAACAUUUUCUCAUACACUAUUAAUUUUUCGGAACCUUUAAUACCUGUACCAUCGUUACCGUCAGCAACAGAAAUAACUAAAGUAGAAAAAAUUAAAGAGCCUAGUACAGUUGAUGGAGAAUUAAUGUCGCACGAGGAACUGAAGCAGAAGGAAGAGUACGACAAGAUGAUAUCUAUCGCGAACGCUCACAAGAAACGUGUACGCGACCAGCUCGCUGAGCUCACCGUCGAGUACAGCAAACUAGUUAAAGCAAACCGAGCGUUGCCAUACUCGCAACAAGUGGACGUCACUCUGGAUCCGCGUCCGCUCGCUGUUCAAGAACAAGAACUCGAGGAAGCCAAGGCACUCACUCGUCGCAAACUAGCUCAUCAACUCGAAGCUUCAGAUCUUGCUCUGCACAAGAUGUUUUCAAGAAAUAUCAUACAGCUUGACGUGUUUCCUUUCACUUUGAAAGCUAUUAGGGAUCCGGAAAUUAUGAUAAGACCGUUACGGCAGAAGAAUCUAUCAAAGGCAUUUUUUGCCCAGCUUGAAGAGGUUCACCAGAAAAUGGCCGAAGCUUCUCUUCGUGGGCGGAGAACCGAGUCAUCUACUCAAAAAGCUGCAGCAAAAAGAGCAACAUGGGGUCCUCCUCGAGUAGCAUCCUUUCUACUGGGUUUACCGCCAAAUCCACCUCACCCUCUGAAGAAAGCUCUCCGAAAUUAUUACCAGAGACUUAACCGACACCAUAUUCAGUUUGUUGAGUGGCAAGAGCAUCUGUCACAGAAACCAGAUCCACAUGCUUUACCACCGGGAGCUGGGGAUGCACUGAAGGAAGCUGAAGCAACUAUUGGCAAUCGUGUACUCAAAACACAACCUGACUACGUCGCACCGCAGGGUCACAACACACAGCUUCGAAUUUGCCUCACGCGCAAAGAGAUAUUUGACACUAAGCGUGAAUUUAACGAGAAGGUACUAAAGUUACGAGAGCAGAAAGUAAAGCUCGUUGAAAAAAUGCAAGAAAUUAGUAGGCGCUUGGCUGAAAUAAGAGUCGAGAUUCCGCACAAACUUGCACUUCCUCUUUCUCCAGUGCCAGCUAUCGAUGAAAACCUAGAGUUUCCCGAGAAAAAUCUGCAGAUUAAGCCCGAGGUUGUUGUCCCCACAACACCCAGAUCGACAAUAGGAAGGAAGACACAAGAGCGUAAACGGUCAAUGUUAUAUCCGCAACAAAGGAUUCGACAACCGAGAGUUGCGCGCUUUGUGCCUAUAACAGAAUCUCGACCACUUGCUGCUUCUUGGGAACUAUUGAAAUCCAAACAAGAACAAGAUUCGUCGCCAAUAGAAGUCGAAAUUCGUGAAAGGCGAAUUGAAAGGCAUUUAUAUGAACAAGACAUGCUGAUAAUGGAAGCGGGCAUAUUGGUCCAGCAGUUUGAUUCAAGGUUGCAACAACUUCAGCGGGAGCGUAUUCGUGUGCAGGAGAAAAAUCAGUUAUUGGAACUGCAUUUGUACCAGUUACAUAGGGAAAUGACAGUGCUGAACCGUUUUGAGGCGCACGAGGAUCGACUAGCUGAGAGGGUUUAUGCUAAAUUGAUGCAGGUACGUAGUGUCAAUGACCAAAUAAUCGAGUGUGAACAACGAAUCGAAGAACACAAAGCAGAUAAAGAACGCAUGGACCUUGCGUGUCAAGAGCUGCAGAGACAAUUCAAGAAGCUAGUUCAAGACAACAAAUUUGCAGACUUCCUUCGAAGGAUAUUUAAAAAGAAGUAUAGGCCGCCUCGUGAUCGACAAGAUGACGAAUCAUCGGAAUCGGAAUCAAGUUCUUCCUCGAGUGAAGAAGAAGACGAGGGUAGUCUGGACAGCCGUGACAUUGGACCUAUAAGGCUCGAUCCAAACAUCUGCCCAGAUGGGUGUGAUGUAGAGAUUUACAAUAAAACAUAUGAGCUUAGAAAUACAAGGCACAAACAUGAGCAAGAUAUGAUAGAACAAGAUCGGUUAGUAGAGCUUCUUAAAAAGGAUAUCGACGCACACAACAAGAUCAAAAGAAAAUAUUCGGUUCAGUUGGAGAAGAGGAAACAGGAACUGCGAGAAUUCAUGAUGGAGAAACAAAGUUGCAUGAACGACGUGGAUCAAGUAGUGGUGUUGAGGUAUGACCAGAUACGAGCGUCAGCGUUACGUGGAUGUCAGGGCUCCACAGGACUCUCACACACCGUGGUGUUCCCUGAGAAAAUGCUUACCAAACUGCGUCAUCGAGUGCUGGAAUUGAAGGAUGAGAUCGAUCAGCAGAAACAACGGCAAAAGGUGAAUCGAACUCACCUGUUUCGUAUGAACGUGGACCUACGCGCGAUGGAAGCCCGCGCGGCGGAGCUAAAGGCUCAGAUGCGGGACGUGCUGGCUCGCAAGCUCGGUCGACCUCGCGCUGCUGACCGAGCGCUUGAUGAGCUACUGAGGCGACUCGCUCGCCGGCAUAAGUUCGCAGGCGCCACGCGUGCACCACCACACUUACUACAGCAGCUAGCCUCCUGGAUUAAACGUCACAGUGAGCUCGAACAGAAGUACCUGACCGUACUCAAUCGAUAUUCGGAUCGUUUGCGACUCGCUGCUGCACUUCAGGCUGAUGUUUAUCCACAAAAGCCACCAAAAGAUCCAUCCAUAAUGGCGGGAGGUUAUGAUCCAGAACAGUACCAGCGUGACGUGGUUCGAAUGCGUAUUAUUAGAUCACAACAGUUGCACCAAAUUAAGACAUUAGAAGAAGAAAUUCACGAGCUGCGUUUGAAGCCAUUGUCGCAUAUUGCUUCGUCUCCUGUAUUGUCGCCUCCAGAAUCAGAUCGAUCACAGAUUAACCUUAAGAUGGUACCGCCGACUGCAAGACCGUUGCGACGAAAAUAUUUCCCUAUAACACCUCUUGGUUCACAAGUGAAAUUAGUGUAUGAGGUGAACUUGAUGAAACUUUUAUAUGACUGUUUGGACAUGAUGCGAGUUUCCCGAGACGAUGCAGAAGAACUUCUAAAAGAACUGACAAACGAGUUACCUCAAGUAGUUUCAGGUGCUAAGACUCGUUUCGAAGUCGUUGAUACACUGGUCCGAAAGUGGCUACUGAAAUAUGGCGGUGAUCCGAGCCUCUACAAGAAACAGACGCGUGCCUUUGACGCUCUCGCUACAUUGGCUGAUCGACUUAUCAGGCAACAUAUAGAAGCAAUGGAAGGGUAUGACACAAAGACACAUGAAGUGAUGAAAUCUUUGGAGGGAGCCCUCAAAGAGGUGACAGAUGAAAAGCAGCCAUUGCGAGAACGACUCGGUCCCGCUCUCGCUACAUUGAUACACACCACGGAGACAGGUACUACGAACACUGAAGAAGCUAUGACGAUGGCUAUGACAUCGCUCGUUCAGUCGCUGGUCGAUGAAGAACACCCCAUCACUGCAGCGUCUAUUGAUACCAUCGACAUUUUUAAUGUCGUUGAAGAUAUUAAAGAUUGCGGAGUUAAAGCUCCGGAAGAGGAACUCACGAACGUAGUAAAGUUGGCUAUAGAUUGUCUUCGCGCUCAAAUGGUCAGUCCAGAAGAAAGGCAGCAGUUGAAAGAAGAAGUUGAAGACGCUCUGCAUAUUGAUACGGAUGCUCUUGCAGCAGAAAUUGAGUCUUCUAAAAGAGAUAAUGACAUGAAAAGCGAAAAAUGAAUAAAAUAUCUGUCACGUAGAAAAUAAUAAUUUAGAAGACAUUUUGUUAUUAAGCCUUU